AUGAUUCCACCGGGCCUUCCCCACGCGGCCGACCUGUUGCUGCCUGUUUCAGUCUCCAUCCUCGGUUCACCGAAGUACUCCAAGCGG